GUUAUUAAAUUUAAAAAAUGGCGGACACUGCAGAAAAGAAAAUAAAUGAAGAAAACCCUAAUUCUGAGUCUCCGACUCCUAAACGUCGUAAAAUCGAUUGUAACGAAGUAGAACCUUUUAUAACAACAAAAGGGUUGUGUGUAAGCGAACAUUUAGGAGAAAAUGAUGGGACAUGUAAUGUAAACGAACAAGAAGCUAUUGCCAGUACAUCUUAUGACCAUCAAAGUUACCCAGAAAGUUCAAACCAAUGCACUGAGAGAUGCGACUCACCCCAAUCAGUUUCCAGUUUAGGGAGUAAUGUCAGCGGGUUUUCUGAUAUGCAAGAGGAAAAAUGGAGAUUUGGUAGGAAACCACUGGAUUGGGUUCAACGUCAAAUUAUGAAGGGGCAAAAACCGAAAAUAAUAUUGGAGUCAAUACUACCUCCGGGAAUUGAUAUCCCAAGCGAUAUAGAUGACAUGAGCAUGUGGAAAGCUAUAUUAAAUAUAAUAAGCGAACCAGAUCCCCGUUCAAAAUUACCGGAAUUUAAUACUUUAGAUGAUGCUGUUGAGCUUUUAAGAACCCGCAAAAACAUCAUUAUUUUGACGGGAGCAGGAGUCAGCGUUUCUUGUGGUAUACCUGAUUUCCGGUCGAAGAACGGCAUUUAUGCUCGAUUGUCUGAAGAAUAUAAAGAUCUACCAGAUCCUCAAGCAAUGUUUGAUAUAACAUACUUCCGUAGAAAUCAAAAACCCUUUUAUAACUUUGCAAGAGAAAUAUUUCCAGGGAAUUUCGAACCUUCUAUUGCUCAUAAAUUCAUCAGGAAAGUAGAAGAACAUGGAAAACUACUGAGAAAUUAUACUCAAAAUAUCGAUGCCUUAGAACAGCAAGCUGGUAUAAAAAACGUAAUUGAGUGCCACGGUUCUUUCUCAAAAGCAUCUUGUAUGGUUUGUAAAACUACCGUCGAUGCUAUAGAUAUAAAAGAAGACAUUAUGAAGCAGCAAAUUCCCCUGUGUAAAGUUUGUCCGAAUGAAACAGAAAUGUCUAUAAUGAAACCAAAUAUUGUAUUUUUUGGGGAAGGAUUACCAUCCACUUUCCACGAUCGAAUUUCAGAAGACAAGGAUGAAUGCGAUUUAUUAAUAGUUAUGGGGUCUUCUAUGAAGGUUCGCCCUGUGGCACUCAUACCAUCUUCUAUACCCGACAACAUACCACAGAUUCUUAUCAAUAAGGAACCAUUGAGACAUUUAAACUUUGAUAUAAACUUAUAUGGGAAUUGUAAUACAAUUAUAAGCGAAAUAUGCCAUCGUCUUGGCGAGGGUUGGAAUACAUUAUGUACAGAUUAUAAUCCAUUAAAAGAAGUCGAUGGAGAAGCCAUAAUUAGAGAGAGACAAGAGUCAAUUGAACAGCAACUACUUGAGGAGAGCAAAUUGCAACAAUCAGCUAAAGAGAAGAUUGAAGUAGAAAGUGACCAAAAAGAAGAGAUAGGCCCAGAAACAGUAAUGGUUUCUAGCACGGAGCCGGCUGCUUCUCUUCCAAAGGAGAGUAAUGAGGCAGAACAGAGCAUAGUAGAUAACGAGGUAACUGAAGAUGAAGCAAGGAAAUUUGAAGAAGAAAAUAGGAAUAUGUGGAUCCCUAGAGAAAUAAGCAUAAGUGCAUAUUUGCCAGACAACUCCUACGCCUUUCUACCUCCUUAUAGUUAUGUUUUCGAAGGAGCUGAAUAUUUGUACGAUUUGGAGAGUGAUUCCUCAUCUAGUUCGUCGAGUAUCUCAGCCAAUGGUGAGACUGAGGAAUCAUACCGAUUAAAUGAGGUUGGAGACGAAUCAGAAGUAGAUGCGGAAGCAGAGACUGAGGCAAAAGCAGAGUAG